AUGAACAACAAUAUGUUAUCCGAUGCCGUGUUCGAAAGCAACGUUGAGCUGGUCAAGGAGCUUUUGAAAAACAAGAACUUGACGUUUGAUCCGCGCGUGUUUACAAUAGCCAUCACUCUGGGGAAUCUGGCCAUUGUGAAGCUGCUGCUGCAGGAUGGACGUGUGAACCCCACGGCCAUCCACUUUGACAUGGCCUGUAGCCAAGGGCGGCUGGGUAUGGUGCGACUCUUGCUGCAAGAUCCGCGGAUCGAUCCAACGGCACUUGGUGGCUCAGCGUUCAUUUUUGCUGUGCGCAAGAGAAACAGAAACGUGGUUAGGGUGCUGCUUCAAGACGGCCGAAUUAAUCCGGGGGUAAACAUCGAUGCUGCCAUUGCUUAUGUGGUCAAACACAACUGCGUAAAGAUGGCCAAGUUGCUGCUCCAGGAUCACCGCGUGGGGGUUAGUCGCGUUGUGGGACGUGGACGCGAACAUCUGAUAUCUCAGGAAAUGUGGAAAAUCAUCAACACACGUCCGGAAAUGGCCAGGCUUCCGGGGAUCUUUGUACCCGGCUUUUCUCCUAAAACAUACAAGGACACUGUGUGUAUGGAGAAGUACCUUGAAACUGCACUCGAGACACUUUCAACGUACACUAGAUCGGAUGCCUUGAUCUUUAUUCAAGAGCGCUGUGAGCAGCUAGACUUGUACGGAGCACGCUACUUGGGAGUGUCGCCGGGUACGCGUGAGUCUCGGGAAAUGGUGGCCCGGGGCGUUGCACUUGGUCUGUUUAACCACGGCGCGACAAACAGCAUUGCCGGUCACACUGUUCACAGAUACAAUACACUGUCGUGUGUGUUGAUCGAUCAUAUACUUGAUCAAAAAUAA